GCCAGGGAGUGGCUGGGAGAGCCAGGCUGUUUUCUGUAGGACUGGGGCAGAGGAUUGCAGAGUGGACACCAGUAGGGACCUGAGGAAUUACUGGCCAGAAGAGUGAAAGCUGAAGAGAAAGAGCACAGUAAAGGAGGUUUUAGGCUGGAGUUAUGAGGGUGGGCGCUGCAACCUUGGCUGCGGGGAUAUUUGGGGCAUUAGGGACUCUGUGUUUCUUCCUAGCCUUUGGUACAGACUACUGGCUGGUGGCAAGCGACAACUGUGGACCGUAUACAUGGCCGACGCAAAAAACACUAGAAAAAGAUGCCAAUGGGACUGAGAGCCUGUUAGUGGAAGCUGUCACUGCUUCUCCUCCGUCUCUCACUCUGCACCACGAGGGCUUCUUCUGGCGCUGUGUGUUUCAGGUGGAGCCCACAGCCCAUGCAGUCCUGGCCACUCUCUUCACAAACCAGCCAGAAUCCAAGGUCUGUGUCCAUGGUUACCUCUUCCCUCUGCCUGUUGCACUUGGACAGGUGCCUCAUCCAAGUUAUGAUGCUACAGCAGUGUUUCGGGGUUUCUGGACUGUGCUGAUAAUCCUUGGCCUGGUCGCAGCUCUAACAGGAGCCUUCCUCUUGGUCUGUGGCGUCCCCUUCAUCAGCCACAAACUGUACAAGCUGGGUGGUGCUUUCCUCAUCGCUGCUGCCUGCUUGUUCCUGUUAACGCUGCUGCUCUACGUACUGUGGAUGGAGGCGGUGGAGGUGAAGCGCUACAUCCUGCAGGAGAGAGGAGAGGAGUGUCCACAGGCGCAGGUUUCAGUGCUCUACGGCCUGUCGUUCAUGGUGGCGGCUGCCGGCGUGCCUCUGGAGCUCAUCUCUGGGUUGGUCUUCAUGCUGGUGGGCCGUGCGUUGCAUGCCAGAAAGUGAGCUUGCCAUCUGGCCUGAAGGGGAAGAAAGGACUGACCUUUUUAUGUCCUGCAUUGGGACUUGGUAGCACACUUGUGGGAUGUGAAUACUGGCUGGAAAGACGUUGUACAACACAUCAUGUAAUAACUCGGCAAACUGUAAUACAUUUUCACUUCACCUGCAUUUUGUAACAAUCUGCCACAUUUAGUAGUAAACAGCCUGAACUUAAUAUGUAAUUCAUUUCCCCACAUUUUGUGAUAAAUAAUUACAUAUUGUGGUGGCUAUUACAAAAUGUGGGAGGCACACUUAUUUUAUGAACUGCAUUUUGAAUAAGCUGAAGAAUUUUGAUGGUGUUUUUGUCAAAGACCACUGCAGUAGUCAGUCCAGCUAGAAAUAAAAGCAUUUGUCAUGAA